CCUAACCUAAAACUCUUGAAGUAAACAAGAUAUAUGUUUUGUUAUUUUUAUUAUUUUAUUUACAAAAAUAUAGCAUGUUAUAUGAGGCAUUUAUGGCGGGUACUUGGGCAUCGAUUGGAAGUACCAUAGGAAAAUUAACAGGCACACCAAGUAUAGUUGGCGACGGCUACGUGAUAUGGGCGCUACUCCUAAUCCUGAUGGUAUCGGUCAACACGUGGGGCUGCCGGUACUACCUGCGCUCACUCGAUGCUGCCGACAAUUCCGCAGCACCUACAGUCAUCUCCGCCGCCUCCAGCUACGUGCUAUCGGGUUUCAUCGGGAUAUGUUUCUUCGGAGAGCUAUCUUCUGUACGAUGGUGGGCUGGCGCCCUGCUCAUCGUGAUAGGACUUGCGUUGGUCGCCCGCUCUACGCCGGAAGAUACCAAAGGAAAGAAAGACGAAUAACGAUAUAGAAUUUCAUCGGCAUAGUAACAUGUCAUUUCUGGUGGUGGGCGGACGGCACUUAUCGUUAUAGGAGUGGGGCGCUGCGCUGGUCACAUUUUUCACACCGAAAGUGACCAAAGAAAGGAAGGAAGACGAAUAACAUUUUAUGAGUCGUACUUAGAUGGUUAAGUAAGUACAUAUAGUGUAAGAUACCAUUGUAUAUAAUUAUAGCUUUAUUGUGUAAAUAUUAUACACUUAUUGAUUGUACCUCAAAUAAAAUAAGAUACAUACACACUGGAUAUAA